UGGAUUUUAUUGUUGAGGCGACCUUAUUCUAAUACUAUUUUUUACAGUAAUAAUUUUUAGUUUAUAUUUUGUAAUUAACUUGACAAAUUCUUCGGCACUUUAUUUAUGUUCAGGUAAGUCCUCGAAACUAGCCACUCCCAUAAGCGCUCGAGGCCGUGAGGCAUGUUGUCAAACUGGUAUGUCUCGUACGUGAUGAUGAGCCAGCUUUAGUCAUUAUAAUUUACAGCAACAGGAGAGGACAUCCACGGAGAAAUUUGAAAGCGUUUUUCCAUGUAAAACAGUUUCCUUGUACGGCACACAAUAGCGCGUGGAGGUACAAUGCCAGGCUAUAAGGAGAUAUGCUUCAGCGUGCUAUCCCUGCUGUAUCUUGUUAAGGGCAGAAUAAUCAACAAUGGAAAUGAUGUGUUCUUAGAAGAGAAGGCAGCAGGCUCGUUUCUCUCUCGUACACUGCUGUAUAACAGUUGGGACUUAGAGCUAGUGGUGCCUGGCAAUCUAGAGAGAGAAUGCCUUGAGGAAUUGUGCUCGUAUGAAGAGGCAAGAGAGGUGUAUGAAGAUGACACAAAGACGGCUGCUUUUUGGAAGGACUAUGUCAACAGUCAUGAGUCUUUUACCCGAGUGGAUGUGUCCGGUCUGGUGGCCGGCAUUUUGGCUAUUGUAAUAACAGCAAUUAUAGCCACUGUGCUUGGCAUUUAUUGCUACAAAAACAGAGGAAAAACUCAGAGAAGAGGGGGCAGUGUUCCUGUACGAAUGCCAGUCGAUGGACGUUCAGCGCCUGAAUCUGUUCCCUUGACUAAUAUCGCGGCCCCGGGUCUCCCCUCUUACAAUGAGGCUCUGGCCCACAGUGGCCAGCAUGACGCACCACCACCUCCUUACUCAGGUGGGGGUCCAUCUGAGCAACCAAAUACUCAAGAUGCAUAGUGAUUAGAUUCUGUUGCUUUGAAACUGGGGAAUAAGGAAUUGCAAGCUGGUGAUGGUCAUGUGUCAUGGAGAAAGAAAGGGCUGUCAACAGCCAAGUUUAGUUUAUUAAUUAGGUAAUUUAUUAUAUUAAUGCCAACACAAUUUGUGUGUUAGUGUUUUAUUAUUUUUAAAUAUUUUGCCAAUAUUAUGGAGUAUAAUCCUGUAUAAGGUAAUUUAUUAUAUUAAUGCCAACACAAUAUGUGUGUUAGCGUUUUAUUAUUUUUAAAUAUUUUGCCAAUAUUAUGGAGUAUAAUCCUGUAUUAGCGUAAACUGUCAAUAUUUUUGUAAAUCAGUCUUUUUUAAGAGUUUGUCAUUGUUCAACUGAAUUUAAACUGAGUUGUUUUAUCAAAGUUUCAU